GGCCCAGGGAGCUGUCAAUCGCUCCUGAUAUUUGAUCUACGGCCGACCGAGGUCAGUCGGGCAUGUUCGCGAUGGCAAUCAGAAUCGUGGAAGAUGGACACCCGUCCAACACAACGGAGAGUAUCGGCGAUUUCGCGAUGACAGUCUUGCAGAACAUUACCUAGGCGGGGAUGAAACGUUUAGCAUACCUCCAUGACGACUUGUCAAACACACACCUUCAUGAUCCUCGGGUACAUGUGUGAGCACAGUUAUCGUUUACUCCACCAAUCUCGCAAACCCCACCAGACACCAUCACGGACUUCUGUCUCGCUGACUCUUCAACAUGCAAAAGGACUUGCGCCUACAGAGUCUCGUCCGGCAGGCACGCUCCAAAGCGCCUUUCUAUUCGAGCUUCUACCGGGAUUUGCCUGCCUCUGAGGCACAUCCUGUCACCCUGACAGAUCUGCCUAUCAUCGAUCAUGCCGAGUACUGGGCUGCUCAUGCUCGGUCGGAAUCGCUUCUUCUGACGGAUGAGCAAAGCGACGGCAUUGUCAUGCGCACGGGUGGUAAGCUACGAAUCCCUCGGCGAGAUUCGAAUCCGGAUAUGCCCAGAAUGUUUCAUGACCAUCUUGAAAACAGGAACCACCAGCAUCCCCAAAUUUUUCAUGUAUUCGCAAACGGAGCUGCAGCGUACUGCUCUACUUCUCGCCACAGGCCUUCUCCGCGCCGGUCUUGUGGCGGGACAUCGAGUCGCAAAUCUCUUCUACGCCGGGGACCUUUACGGCUCGUUCCUGGUUCACAUCCUGAGCGUCAUGUCCGGUCGGCGUGCGGUAAGAAUUCACGAUAGUCGUAUGCCUGGUCGUCCUUUGUUCUGCCUUGCCAGUCGCGGUCGAUGUUGUCGAUCACCAUCAGCCAGUUCGUGUUGCCCGGCAGCGACAGCCAUUGCCGC